AUGAAGUGGCAGUACAAAGAGGAACACCCCUUUGAGAAGAGACGAGCAGAAGGAGAGAAAAUUCGCAAGAAGUAUCCAGACAGAGUUCCUGUGAUUGUUGAGAAGGCACCCAAAGCCAGGGUUGGCGAACUAGACAAGAAAAAAUACCUGGUGCCAUCUGACUUGACCGUUGGCCAGUUCUACUUUCUUAUUCGCAAGCGCAUCCAUCUGCGACCUGAGGAUGCCCUGUUCUUCUUUGUAAAUAACACUAUUCCACCCACGAGUGCAACCAUGGGAGCUCUGUACCAGGAACAUCACGAAGAAGACUUCUUCUUGUACAUCGCAUACAGUGACGAGAGCGUGUAUGGGGCUUAA